UCUUCACUCACAGAUCGAUGCAAAAUUCGCUACAUGUUGGUGGAAAACAACAAAGCUGAUGUGUUCAGACAGCUUUUCCCAAGCUGGAUUGAAAGAGAUUCCUCCAAAGUUCAGCAUCUGGACAUCACAAUUUUUGAGGCUUUGCAAAGUGAGAAAGUAAAUGAUAAAGAUACUAAAAUGAUAAAAGACCAUGAUCGGAUUCCCAGUGCCCUGCACCCUCCUGCGAGACAGCUGUGUGAUGAGUACUUAGACAGAGACCAAUAUUGCCUGGCAUAUGUUUUACACACCUCUGGGACCACAGGCAAACCCAAAAUAGUCAAUGUACCUCACUGCUGCAUUGUACCAAACAUUCAUCAUCUUGGAUCCAUCUUUGGUAUGUCACCAGAUGACCUUGUGUUCCUUGCCUCUCCUCUGACCUUUGACCCUUCUGUUAUCGAAAUGUUUCUAGCUUUGUCCUCUGGAGCCUGCCUACUAAUUGUGCCAGAGCAUCUUAAAAUGAUGCCCAGAAAAUUGUUCCAUGUAUUGUUCCAGCAGCAUAGAGUUACAGUGCUC